UCAGUUCAUAUCUCGCGUGAAAUGCUUACAGACAUGGCAAUGCGCCUGGCCCUGCGCAAUAAGCUAAGUCCAAGGGGAUUGUCCGUGCCUGUGGCAUUCUUUCAUCGGGCAGUUGCUCUCCAUAAGGAAAAGAUGCCCGACUACCGCCUGCCCUCAGACUGUCCCGUCACGGAGGAAACCAUAUGUAAGCCUUUGAAAAAACGACGUUGCAGUCCAACGGAUCCACCUGUCAGGCCAUGCAGCGAGGAAGAUUGUAUACCACGUCCGCGGUAUCCUUGCUGUGUGAAUACGCGUAUUUCCAAUGAGCCGUGCGCCAAAUCUGGUAAGAAGUCUGACUUUAAAAUGAAACCUGAGCCGUUUGUGUCUAUGUGGGAACAGGCAAAGGGUAAGCCACAACGACCUGACUUCAUGUGGGACUAUCCCGCCGAAUGUUGUCCCAAAUGCGAAGACGUUCGCUUCGAUGUUCUAUACUAUCGACCUUCGGAUAAGUGUCGAAAAUAUCAGCGAACUUGGUGGGAAUGCUGUCCCCGAAUGGUUCCAAAACGAGUCUGCUGCUGGUGUGAUGCAGUCCCGCCCCAGGUAUUAAGACGCUGUAUGCCGCUCUGUCCACGCUCCGCAUGCAGCAAUGAGCAUGAGAAAAAGCGCAUGGCUUGCAUUAACAAAAAGGCCAAAGAUUGCAUGCGUCUCCGAAUGCCAUGUUGUCGAGCGGCUCGUAAUCCACCCACUUGCGGAUCGACACGUCGUCCCUCCGACUGCGAGAAGAUCAAGUGUCCCUUUCCCAGUUUCUCGGAGUGCCUCAGCGAAGAGCUGGCGCAUCCCCCAGAGCGACCAGGCGAGUGUCGCUGCCUAGACACAAUGUCUCUGUGUGAGCGUAAUCGGUAUGCCGAUCGAUUGGCCAAACACAGCAUUAAGAUGAGCACAUGCCUCGACCCAUGCUAAAAGCGAGGAACUAAAUAGCAAAUUUCAAAUUCUGUGCUGAAAUAUAAUUUUCGGUAUAGUUUACAAGAACCUUGAAAAUCCAAGGUCUUGCAAACUAUAGUGAAAGUUAUAUUUCUUUAGCAGUAAUCAAAGUCUUAUUCAAUUGAAGAAAUAAAUGCACUUUAUAAUAAAACAAAA